AGGCGACUUCUGUCCUGGGAGAGCUUAAAAGGCCCCAGGACAUUUUCCCAGUCUCAGUUGACCUUCCCAGCUGGGUGCAGCAUGAAGGGGCUGCUGGUUUUGAGUGUCCUGCUGGGGGCUGUCCUCGCCAGCGAGGACUUUUCGGGGCACCAGGUGCUCCGAAUCUCUGUGGCCGAUGAAGCCCAGGUCCAGAAGGUGACGGAGCUGGAGGAUCUGGAGCACCUGCAGCUGGACUUCUGGCGUGGCCCUGCCCAGCCUGGCUCCCCCAUCGAUGUCCGAGUGCCCUUCCCCAGCAUCCAGGCUGUCAAAGUCUUCCUGGAGGCCCAUGACAUUGAGUACACGAUCAUGAUUGAGGACGUGCAGUCGCUGCUGGACGAGGAGCAGGAGCAGAUGUUCGCCUUCCAGGCCCGGGCCGCCUCCACCGACACCUUCAAUUACGCCACCUACCACACCCUGGAGGAGAUUUACGGCUUCAUGGACAUGCUGGUGGCCGAGCACCCGCAGCUUGUCAGCAAGCUCCAGAUCGGCAACACCUAUGAAGGCCGUCCCAUCUACGUGCUGAAGUUUAGUACCGGGGGAAACAACCGGCCCGCCAUCUGGAUCGACACGGGCAUCCAUUCCCGCGAGUGGGUCACGCAGGCCAGUGGGGUCUGGUUUGCAAAGAAGAUCACACAAGACUAUGGCCAAGACCCAGCUUUCACCUCCAUUCUGGACAACAUGGAUAUCUUCCUGGAGAUCGUCACCAACCCCGACGGGUUUGCCUUCACCCACAGCAAGAACCGCCUGUGGCGCAAGACUCGCUCCAUCACAGCAGGCUCCUCCUGUGUCGGCGUGGACCCCAACCGGAACUGGGAUGCCGGCUUUGGGCUGGCCGGAGCCAGCAGCAACCCCUGCUCGGAGACUUACCACGGCAAGUUUGCCAAUUCCGAAGUGGAGGUCAAGUCCAUUGUGGAUUUUGUGAAGAACCAUGGGAACAUCAAGGCCUUCAUCUCCAUCCACAGCUACUCCCAGCUCCUCCUCUAUCCCUAUGGCUACACGACAGAGUCAGCCGCCGACCAGGCUGAGCUGGAUCAGCUGGCUGCGUCUGCUCUAAAGGCCUUGUCCUCUCUGUAUGGGACCAAGUUCAAGUAUGGCAGCAUCAUCAAAGCCAUUUACCGAGCCAGUGGAGGCACCAUUGACUGGACCUACAACCAGGGCAUCAAAUACUCCUACACCUUCGAGCUCCGGGACACCGGGCGCUACGGCUUCCUGCUGCCGGCCUCCCAGAUCAUCCCCACGGCCCAGGAGACGUGGCUGGCACUCCAGACCAUCAUGGAGCACACCCUGAAUCACCCCUACUGAACCCGCCCUUCGGCCUUCUCCUCCUUAGCCUCCCUGACAACCAAAUAAAGUCUGAGCACACAAGGAA